AUGGAUCCAAAUCGAGUGAUAGCUGACGAAGUAGAGAGUAAUGCAUCUGCUCCCGCUCAAGGGACAGCGCUUUCCGAACUUAGACCUGUAGCAAAGUUCAGGGAUACAAUUGAUGAUGAUCCUCAGAAGGCUGAAUUAAUGCUUGAGAAUACCAUCCGAGUGUUUGAUGAAUUGUCGUGCAUACCGGAUGAUUGUGUAAAAGGUGUUGUAUCACUGUUAAAGGACACAACGUAUCAGUGGUGGAACACAUUGGUGUCGAUAGUACCCAGAGAACGAAUGACUUGGGAAUUCUUUCAGAUGAAAUUCUGUAAGAAAUACAUAAGCCAACGAUUCCUGGAUCAAAAGCAUAAAGAGUUUUUAGAGCUUAAACAGAGUCGUAGGACCGUAAUUGAAUAUGAAGGAGAAUUUUUUCGAUUAAGCAAGUAUGCCUGGGAGUGCGUGGCUACCAAAGAAAUGAUGUGUAAACGGUUUGUAAAUUUGUUGAACGAGGAUAUCAAACUCCUGGUUGAAAUUCUAGACUUGAAAAAAUUUGUUGUCUUGAUUGAUAGAGCAUACAAGGCUAAAGAGCUUAGUAGAGAGAAAAGAAAAGCCGAUUCUGAGGCUAAAGACUUCAGAAAGAGAUAUGCGGGGAAAUCACACCAAUCAAUAUCAAAGAAAUCCAAAGAUUUUCAUCCUCGCUCUACUGCUUCUGUGGGAAUUUUGAUUAGAGAGAGACGCAAGACAAUUUAA